CAAAUUUUAUAAGUAAUUUUCAAAUUUCAAAUUAAUUCUCAUCGGUGGCGCCACGACAAGCGUUACCGUUGAUUUAAUAUUUGUUGACUGCGCCACCACAGUGGCUUAAAUUUGCCGUUGGUGGCCAUAAGCCACAGUGCUGUUUAGUACCACGCAGUAAUACCUCGUACAGAAAAAAAGAUAAAGAAGAGUGAAGUAAAAUAUAACUAAAUACUAAGUUAUAUUUUGGUUCAUAUAUUAAAAAAAAAACAUACGGUAACUGUUAGUAACUCUUACUAUUUUGAGGUUAUUUUCAAGCGCGCCAAAUAUCUAUUGCAGUUCUAUUAAACAAAGAAACAUAAUAUAUUAAAAUGUCACAGGAGGCAUUCAAAGUUACAUUUAUUAUACCAGAAGAAUUAGAAGAUGAAACUCAAACUUCAGAUGUCAUGCAGCAAUGUUAUAGUAGAUGUAAAACCAGUCUUAUGAAAACAAAUUGGGUGAGAGAAGGUGAUGCAGAAUCAAUUGAUCUAGGGAAAACAGAUUUUUUAGUAUUUCAAGAGUUUAAGGGAAUCUUUUAUGAAGCUGCACUCAAAACAAAAAGUGUCAGAAUUUUGGGACCAUUGUGUCUUCAAUAUUGUAUAGACUAUAAUAAGCCAAUUCCAAAUGUAGAUUGGCCAUUAAGAAAUAUAUUUUUGGAUGGCUGCAUUGUGGUUUGCUCCAAUUUAAAGAAAGAGAUGAAGAAUGAUAUUCAAUUUAAAAUUCAGGCAAUGGGAGGAUAUUACACUCAAACAUUAGUUCCAACAAAUACUCACUUGAUAACAGAUAGUGUUCAAUCAGAAAAAUAUCAUAAAGCAGCACCAAUGGGCAUGCAGAUCAUGUUACCUUCAUGGGUGGAUGUUUUAUGGGAUGCAAGUAUAUUUGAAAAUAUUGAUUAUAGAAAUGAUGAGUAUAACAAACAUAAGUGCCCAAUAUUUAAUAAUUUAAAAAUAUCAGCAACUGGAAUAACUUCUGCAACAGAAAAAGAAUAUUUAAUGAAAGUUAUUAAAGAUAAUGGAGGACAUUUUUCAAAGCAACUUGUAGUGAAAAAUACAGAUCUUCUUAUAUGCAGUGGUUCAACAAGUGAAAAAUAUAAAGCAGCAAGAAAGAAUAAUAUAGUUUGUGUAACAGCUGAUUGGGUAUUUGAUAGUAUAGCAAAAGGGUAUGCUAUUCCUGAGGUACGAAAUUAUUCUGUGAAAAAGGGCACAUCAACUCCUACAAAAGGAACAGAAUUUAUGGACCCAGAUUUUUCAAUGAUGAGCCAAAUUGUUGGGUUAUCUGCAAAAUCUCUAUUACAAGACACUGCAGUGAACACAUCACUUAUUAAUUCAACUGUACCUAAUAUAACCAAGAAACAGGGAUGCAAACAGACAUUUGAAGGCAGUGAGUUAGUUGAUUCAAUAAAUAUGAAAGCAGUGAAAAAAGCUGGUCCUUUCUUAGAUGGAUGUAAUAUUUAUUUGGCUGGUUUUACUUCAGAACAGCGAGAAAUACUCUGCAAAGUAUUGAAUUUUAGUGGAGCAACUCGUUAUGAUGUGGUCUCUGAACGAAUAACUCAUAUUGUGGUUGGUGACAACAAAUGUCAUGAACUAAAAUUGAUAAUUGCUAAAGAUUUGCCAUGCGCUGUGGUAUCUAUUAAAUGGAUGAUAGAUAGUAUGGAAAACAUGCAACCAGUGCCUGAAGACCAGUAUUUGAUAUCAAUUUUAUCGAGCCCGAGCACUGAAAAUGGAUCACCGUUGAGUAAAAAGGGUUUAAGAUUACUUAAAGCUGAUGUUUCAAUGAUGGAUAUUGAUAAUGCCUGCAAAACUAUUACUCCUGAACAAUUACCAAAUGAAACAGAUGAAAUUAUGAUGCAAUAUAAACUACCAAUACCUCCAACAAACAACGAAAACGAUUCGCUGGCUGCCCUUUUAGCGCUAAAUUCCUUCAAUAGUAAACAGUUUAUUAGUAUGCAAGAUAAGUCUAAAUUACAAGACAAAACUGAACCUGCAUGUGAUAAUUCAGAACCUAGUACUUCUGAAUGUAGUAUAACUAUGGAAGAUACUAAUUGUACUAAUAUCUUCAUUAAACUCAAAUUUCUAAUUGUUACUCAUAAGUCAGAUGAUACAGAUGAACUUAUACAUACUAUAACUAAAAUGGGCGGAAUUGUCGUUCCUAAUAGUUACAAAGGAAUACCAGAUUACGUAAUUGUACCAACAUUCAAUCCUGAAGUUAAACACACCGCUACUGAAGUGGUCACAGAUAUAUGGAUUAAUGCAUGUUAUGAAUAUAACAGUAUCGUCGAAAUUAUGUACUACCACAGACCAAUAAUGGUCAAGAAUAAUCAUGCUUUAGAAGAUUGUGUGAUUGCUGUAAGUGGUUUUGAUUUAUUUGAAAGAUUGUUCCUAAAAUUGCUUUGCGAGAAAAUGGGGGCAGUGGUGCAAGAUUCGUUGUCAAGAGUUGUUCGCGAAGAAAAAAAUAUAUUGAUUUCAACUCAUUUGAUAAGCAUUGAAGAAUCUGGAAAAAAAUAUGAUGCUGCAAGAAAAUGGGGCCUACCAAUACUAAAAAAAGAUUGGGUUCUGAAUUGUGCAUUGCUUGGCCAGAAAACUGAAGAAAAGGAAUACAUGUUCAAUCAUAACACAGAAAUGCUUUCAAGAUUAACUGAUACGAGUCUCAAAUCUGCUAUAAGUAAUAGUAUUCGAUCAAGAAUUGCUUCUGAAACUGCAAGCAAACUUAAUAUAUCAAUUAAUAAACUAACCGAAUAUUCUCCUAAAAUUAAGCGUCAAUCAACAUCACAGGAUAUAGCGCUAGACAGUUCGUUACAAACACCCAAGAAAGAUAUUAAUAAAGAUAUAACAAAUUUUAAAGAAAAUACUCCAAAUAACAGGCAUAGUGUAGAUAAUAUUGCAAGCCAAAUUACGCCUGUGAAUCAAAUAUUGCAAAAAGCGUGGGGAGUUGUGGACAACGCAACCCCGAAUACUCCUAAACCAUGGGAUUAUGUUGAUACCCCAACAUCUCCUUUAGGGUGUUAUGCAGUUGAUGAUCCGCCACCGGAGACCAGAAAAAAAUUUGCACGUUGGUUAGAUGGUAUUCCAGAACCUACUCCGACUAAAGAUAGACGAUUAAGUACACCACUCACUGAACUGAAAAAGAAAAUAUGGAGUAAGUUCCGUACACCUUAUUGCUCAAAAUUAGAUUUCGAAGGCGAGACACCACCUGCAGAUGAACCAAUGGACACUACACCUGUCAAAGAACCAUCUGGUGAAGAAACCUCAGAAACUAGUUUGGUAAAUGAAAAAUUACAACAGUUACAAGACAUGAUUCGUGCUAGCGGUGGAACCAGACGAAGUUCAACAAAAAAAUUGGAUUUAAUUCCAGUAGAAGCGUAUUACGAAAAAGAAUCUCAACCGUUGACUGUCGGUUGGGAUGAUAACAUGGAAAUUGCUCAAUCCAAUGUCCCAGAAACAAAUAAACCAUUAAUGUUUAUGAUAUCUGGCGUUGAAAUGGAGGAAAGGGAAGAGCUUGUUAAAAUGUUGGAAAUGUUAGGGAUUGGUGUAUCUGAAUUAACAAAUUAUGACCCUUCUAGCACUCAUUUAAUAUGUCCAAAAUUAAGUAGAAAUGAAAAAUUAUUAGCAUCGAUGGCUGCAGGCAAAUGGGUGCUUCAUACUUCAUAUGUUCAAGAUUCUGCAGAAGCUGGAAAAUUAUUGGAUGAAGAAAAGUAUGAGUUUGGAAAUUCGAAAUGUUUACCAAUGAUUAAAGUAGCUGAUAAAGAGAGAGCCGAAUGCGUUCAUUAUUGGAGAAAAGAGAUAACUGAACGUGGUUACGGGGCAUUUCACGAUAUGAGAGCCAUCGUCGUUGCUGCUAAAAAGGAACCCAUAGUAAGAGUUAUAGAAGCGGGCGAUGGUUUGGUGGUCAACAUGAGUCCACCAUUCACUGAAAGCGUUUACGCAACUCAUUGUUUAUUGGAGCAAAAGUCUGUUACAAAUAUCGAAGAUUAUGCACCACUUGCAAAGCAGGGAAUUCUUUGUCUAACUACAUUUUUUGUAAAUGAAUAUCUUCAUAGAACCAAAAAGAAUAUUCAAGAAUAUGUUUUACUUAAAUAA